AUGAAUAUCCCAGCUACAAGAAAAGACCUCAUGAUAGUAAAUAUGGGGCCUCAACACCCAUCGAUGCAUGGUGUUCUUCGACUUAUUGUUACUCUGGAUGGUGAAGAUGUUAUUGAUUGUGAACCAAUAUUGGGUUAUUUACACAGAGGUAUGGAACAAAUAGCGGAAAACCGAACAAUUAUACAAUAUAUGCCUUAUGUAACACGUUGGGAUUAUUUAGCGACUAUGUUCACAGAAGCAAUAACUGUAAACGGGCCGGAACAAUUGGGAAAUAUUCAAGUACCUAAAAGAGCCAGCUAUAUACGAGUAAUUAUGUUGGAGUUAAGUCGUAUAGCUUCUCAUCUACUAUGGUUGGGACCUUUUAUGGCAGAUAUUGGUGCACAAACCCCUUUUUUCUAUAUUUUUAGAGAAAGAGAAUUAAUAUAUGAUCUAUUUGAAGCUGCGACAGAACGGGUUGAAGGAGUAGGUUUUGUUGGUAGAGAGGAAGUUAUAAAUUGGGGGUUAUCAGGACCGAUGCUUCGGGCUUCCGGAAUACAAUGGGAUCUACGUGAAGUUGAUAAUUAUGAGUGUUACGAGGAAUUGGAUUGGGAAGUUCAAUGGCAAAAAGAAGGAGAUUCAUUAGCUCGUUAUUUAGUUCGAAUUGGUGAAAUGGUGGAAUCCAUAAAAAUAAUUCAACAGGCUUUGGAAGGAAUUCCAGGGGGGCCUUAUGAAAAUUUUGAAAUCCGCUGCUUUGAUAGAGAAAAGGAGCCAGAAUGGAAUGAUUUUGAAUAUUGA